AUGCGCGGGACGACAGCAGAAAGAGGUGCAUCUUUCAUUUCCAGUAAUAUCAGUAGGAGGAGCAUCGCCCCCCUCCUAGCGACCGCGCGGAUGAUGGCGUCCCAAGAGCUCUUCGGCCACGUAUUCCCUGAUGAUUUGGGCCUCGUUGGCGGCGCCCGACGUCUUGUCGGCGGCCGCUGCCAGAUGACGAGGCAGAUUGAUGGAGUUGGUGCGAUUGCGAUUGCUACAGGCAUGGUGCUUGGUACUUCAAGGUACCUGCCUACAGCUGCCUGGGCCAUCUCUCUGCUCACCACCACCGCACCACGUCUUUGGCUCCCGCGAGCCUAUCAUCUCCUCUUCCUCUCCUCCAUCACCAUCUUUUGCUCUCGGCCUCCUUCAUUGGCAGUCCUCUUCUAUUCAACACCCUCGCUCGCCGCUGUAUUGAUUUUUCAUCAUCCUACCGUCAAGCCCCCCUCGCUUCUCUACGCCAUCCCUCCCAAUGAUGCGUCUGUUCUAACCCCAGCCUUCAAUUCCUUGCCGGCUUCGUUCUUUGCUUCUUUGUUCGCGGGCGUCGCCACCCGCGCCCAAACCGCUCUCGCCUCACUGGCUGCUUUCGCGACCACAUCCAAACCGACUGAUCGAUCCAUGAUGCGAAAACCACAGUCUGGUGUGGCCCGCCCGACCACGCCCGACUCGCCCUCACCUCGCGCCCACACAGCUUGCCAGCAUGGUUCGCAUCGUCAACGGCAUCGGCUAGAGACGCAACCGUGCCGACGCCGCAGCCUCGCUUGUGCCGACGGCCACCCUCGUCCUCUCGCCCUCGAGCUCUCAACUUUGACACACAAGGCCCGCUCGCGGCGGCGCCAGCUCACCGGCGCCAUGUCUACCCCCGUCGUCUUUGUAUAUGCUUUGAUGGCGCUUUUACUCGCUGCCGUUCCCGUCUCGGCCGUGCGCAUCCCCUUCACCAACUGUCUCGACGAAAAGUACAUCAUCGCCCACAAGCUGCAAUGGCGGCCCGUCUACGCCGAUGCCAGAUUCGACACCACCGACCCCAGACACAUGCUCGAGGUCGUUGUCUGGGGAAAUGUCACCGGCGCCCAAGAUACCACGAAUCCUCCCCCUACCAUGGCACAGGAUCCCAUCUACUGGAAAGACGACGGCAAGACGAAUGGCAAGAUCAUCAGCAGCGCCAACGGCAACAAUGCCACCACACUGUUCCGCAGAGUAGACGUUCUCACUUAUCGCCCGGUAAACGAGCGUGUUUUCUUCUGCUCGCAGGGCCUCAACGGCGGCCAGUGCCCUCUGGGUCCCUACUUCAACACAUCACCAAUCGAUUUUCCCAACAACCUCACCAUGACCACUCUCCCGCGCAGCCUUUCUUCGUUUUCAUACGUGAACCUAACUCACGAUUUUGGAUCCUCCUACUCCUUCUCCUCCUUUUCUUCCACGCUGCUCAUGCUUUACGGCGACCAAGAAGCCACGAAUAUCGGCUGUAUAUCUUCCACCAUUACCCCGGAUCUCGGCUCGAAUCGCAACGUCAUCAAGUUUAUGCCCCUCGUUAUUCUCGUCAUCUGCGGCUUCGCUGUCAUCUUCGCCGGCAAUUUUAGUCCCUGGGGUUCCACCGACAUCUUCCAAUGGUCCUCCAACUAUGGCCGCGAUGCCGAUCAGCUGAGAUUGGUAACUCCAGGUUUUGGCGACUGCCUACAGUACCUUCAGUUCGCCGUCUUGACUGGCGCUCUCAGCAUCGGCUACCCCGGCUUCUACCAGCCUAUUGUAAGCCAGGCCGCUUGGUCAACCAUCAUGUUCAAUGAGAGCUUUGUCACGGACAAGCCCGGCUGGCGCAACGUCGUCGACGGCAUAUAUGUAACACACCUCGACAACAGAUAUGGCCUACAGCACAUGGGGCAACUCGUCGGCAUGGCUGACGACCAGGACAUCUGGGCCGGCAUGAUGGUCUGGCUUUGCGUUAUUAUACUCGCUGCUGCCGUCGUUGUGCAGCUUGGCUUUCUCAUCCAAUGGAUUUAUCGCCGCUCGACCAAGACCGCAGAGGAGGAUUUGCGCGCCAAAAACAUACCCUUUUCCAUCGGCAACGUCGUCCGCAUCCUCUACAAUUACAUGCUGCUACCUAUUGUCAGCUUUUCUGCUUACCAGCUCGUGAUUGCCGGUUCCGCACCAGUGUAUUGCGUUGUCCUGGCCUGUGUGACCUUGGUCGUUCUGAUUGCCUUUGCUACCUACUUGCUAUUCUUGAUUGUCACCACAAGACCAAAGUCUGUUUUAUUCGACGACCUACCUACUGUGCUCCGUUUUGGCCCUCUCUAUAAUACUUACUCCGACGAAGCCGCCACCUUUGCUUUCAUCCCGCUUGUGCUGCAAUUUUGCCGUGGCCUGGCCAUCGGCGCUGUGCAGCCGAGCGGCUUGGCCCAGAUUGUCAUUCUGGCCAUUUGCGAAGUCAUUCAAAUCUUCACUCUCAACGCCGUGAAGCCAUUCCAGUCGCCUACCUCGAUGAAUGCAUAUCACACCGUCUUUUCUUGCCUGCGACUCGUUACCAUUCUACUCAUGGUUGCUUUUGUGCCUGGCCUCGGUGUCACGGAAGGUCCCAAGGGCUGGAUAGGGUAUGCUAUCCUCGUUAUACAUGGCGGUGUCCUCAUUUUCGGCUUCCUCCUUAGUGCUCUGCAGACCAUUCUCGAAGUCGUCGCCCGCAUGAUGGGUGCUGGUCGGGAUAGCACUGUUGGUUCUACUAGAGGCGGUCUUUCCAAGAUUUUUGGCGUGAGACAACUCAACAAGCGCGAAUCCCAUCGCCCGAUUCCGUCGAGGACUAGCCAGAUCUCUACUGCGGCUAUGAUUGAUACUGAAAAAGCCAACCGUGCAGGAUACAUGCCAGCAAAUGGACGAGUGCGAAGCAGCUCAGGUGGCAGCCUUGGAACUAUCAUGGCUGCACACAGGCACCGCAGCAGCUCCGUUCUCGACGGCAUCGACGUCUAUUCUAACGUUCACCACCGACCUGCAGAGAGCCCAGCUUCGUACCUACCGGGAACACCUGGCGAGACAAGCACCUUUUCUUUCCUUCCCUCUCCCAAUCCCGCCGCGCGGUCAAGUCAUGCACCUCCUGGCCAGCCUCCAACCCUCGCCGCUCUCGAAGCUGCUGACCCAUAUUAUCGUCCACCUCGCAGACGCCGGUCAACCAACGAGAACUCACCGCAAGAACCGGCUUCGGGGCACUUUGCUCCUGACCAACCCGGUCUUUUGCAACCACCCGGCCAGCUCGGUGAGGCUGGCGACACUGGGACCGAGAUUUCGCGCGGUGCCACGCCUAUAGCACCAGGAACGGCAUUUGGUCCACCAGGCACCGCCACCGCGGCCCUGAAUGCUGUACCAAACAGGCCGGAUUAUGCUACGCGUGAAGUCGAUUUCUACUAUGGUGUCCGUGGCCCGGCCCUCAACUCUGAUGGCCUCGGUCGCAAACUUGGCACAGGACCCGCCGAUCCGACUGGUCCCAUUGCUACUGCUACGAGUUGGCUCCGCAACAUGAUGGGCGGCAAGAGCAAAGACAAGAGCAAGGGGUUCGAAGUCGUUCGCAGCUCCCGGAUGCCGCCUGCCAUGGCCCGCAAUGCAGGCUUUGGGGACGAGACACCCCCUGAGGGCAUUCCUGUCGCUCUUGGCGUGCUUAGAAAUGGCCCCAUCGACGAUGAAGACGAAGACGACAACUUGCAGCCCAACCGUGCCCCGAAACCGAGCACUGCGCUGCUAAAAACGGGAGGAGAGGCUCGCGACUCGGACGAUGAGCACGAGCCUGGGGAGCCGACACCUGUCAGUCCCAUAUCGAGUGACGACGAAGAUGAGGAUGAUGGCCAGGACUCUACAUACUACGAUGCACCUGAUAUCCCUCGCAAGAGUUCAAAACGCGAUUCAGCCAACCUUUCGUACCGCCGCAUGCCGUCCCUUAGCGUCGUGGACUCGCAAGAUGCGGGCUCAUCUCACGUUCAAGAUGACAGAUCCGAGCAGGCUCAAAAGCCUCCCGGCUCACCUUCGAUUGGCCCGCCAAAGUUGCCCAACCUGCCGUUUGAGCGGACCAAAUCUCAAAAGCGCCUAUCGUCCAUGUCCUCGAUGGAGUACCGCGACGGAUUUACCACUGUGGAUCUGGGCAAUGAGCGUCCAGCCAGCUAUGGCAUGGUUUCGCAGCACGCGAUUAGUAGAGUCGAUCCAAAGCACCCUCGGGCUGGGCUACACAGCAGCGCGGCGGAACUUGUCGAUGAGAAUGGCGUGCCCAAGACGAACUAG